AUGGCAUAUAACGAUAAAAAUAUGAUCUACGUAGUCACAGGUGGAAACAGGGGUCUCGGCCUUGGCCUUAUUAAGUCACUUCUUAUCCGUGCCAAAACGACCGUCAUUGCAACCGUUCGCAACAAAGAUAGCGUUUCAACUCUAAUCGAAGAGACCUCCGUGAUUGAAAAGGGGUUGGGUAGCACCAUUCUCAUCACAUAUUUGGAUUUCUCCACAGCCAUCUCCCCUGAAAAGGUUAGAGAAGCCUUCAAGUUCGAUAUAGAUCAUAUCGAUGUUCUCAUUAAUAAUGCUGGAGGGGCACUCCCUAUGGUGCCAGCUGCCGAGACAACGGCAGAAGACCUACGUGCUGCCUUUGAAGUUAACACAAUCGCGCCCCUGGUUGUUUUCCAGGCACUAUGGCCACUGUUAAAAAAAUCGCCGUCGCCGAAGCUUGUUAUGAUUACGUCUUCAGUGGGUAGCAUUGCGGAGAUGGAGCCUGUUCCUGGUGGCGCCUAUGGUCCGAGUAAGGCCGCCCAAAAUUGGCUCACCAGAGCUUUGCACCUGGAAAAUAAAAAUAGCGGCCUCAUUACAAUUGCGCUGCAUCCAGGCUGGGUACAAACGCGUGCAGGCCAAUUUGUUGCCGAUCAAUGGGGGUUCACCUCUGGGCCUCCAGAUACGAUCCAGUCCAGUGUAGAGGGGAUGCUUAAGGUUAUUGAUGAGAUGUCGGAAGAAAUGUCGGGGAAAUUCGUCACUCAAAAAGGCCAAAUUUUGCAAUGGUAG